UACAAAUCAUGAGUGAUCCCGAGAAAACAAAAGUGAAUACUGAGGAAAAAAUUAAUGAAAAUAGUGAUGAAAGUGAUUACCUCUGGAGCGAUGAAGAAGAAGAAGGGGAGAUACGCGAAAUCGUUCUCGCCCUUCCCGCAAUGAGUCUUGGUGAUGUGGAUGAAGCAACCCGCCAAAAAGCCGUCGCUGCGGCUGACUUGUUGAUUGCUGCUGCUCAAGAAGCGGCGGCGAAAGGCAACAUGGAACAAGGGGUUGGUGGAAGUGGUGAAACAGCCAAGAAGAAAAGGGGUCGUCGUCCAGGGACGGUUAUGUCGGACGACUUAGCAGAUGUGGCCGGCGCGUCCGGUUCUAAAGCCACCGUGGUGGCUGGAGACGAGGAGCCGGCAAAGAAGCCCAGGAAGAAAGGUUCUCCUAAGUUGAUUAACCCACCUGAAGGUCCUCCUAAAUGUAACGUUUGCGGGAGAAGUUUUCUUUCUUGGAAAGCUGUCUUUGGCCACUUACGGGCUCAUACAGAUAGGGGGUAUUUUGGUUUCUUUCCUCCGCCCACAUUUAAUGCGGCCGUGGAAGCAUCUGGGGCUGCUGUUGCUGCUUCUUGCGGUGGAAGAGGGCUUGGUUUAGGCACUGGAGGGUUGAAUUUUGAUUUGAAUGCUGACCCGGUUGAUGACGAGGAGGAGGAAACUGGAACCGGAUCUGCUCCAAAGUUUGAUCUCAACAGGUCGCCACCACAAGAUGAAGAUGAGAAUAAAGAAGAUAACGCUGAGUGAAGGCAUUGCGUGACCUAAAACAUUUGAAUUUACUAUUUUCUUGCUUGAUUUAAGUUUUCUGCAUGUGUGUGCAUGCAAUCAGUACGUACCUUUCCUUGUCUACAUUGUUUUCUUCGGUUUGUUUCUUUGAAGAAACUACAAAAUAACUACA